CCAUAUUUGAGCGUCUCAGGAAUAUCCURCACGAGUCAACCAUUGAUAAAAGGGUUCAGUACAUGAUUGAGGUGAUGUUUGCUAUCAGGAAGGAUCAUUUCAAAGAUCACCCAAUUAUCCCCGAUGGCCUGGACUUGGUGGAUGAGGAUGACCAGUUCACCCACAUGCUCCCUCUGGAUGARGAGUACAACACGGAGGACAUUCUUAAUGUGUUUAAGAUGGACCCAGACUUUCUUGAAAACGAGGAGAAAUACAAAACGAUUAAAAGAGAUAUCCUAGAUGAGGGCAGCAGUGACUCAGGGGAAGAGGGGGACGGAAGUGAUGAGAAUGAAGAUGAAGGUGAUGAGAAUGAAGACGAGGAUGAAGGUGAGAAGGUGACCAUCUUUGACAAAACAGAAGUCAACUUGGUUGCUUUCAGAAGAACCAUUUACCUCGCCAUUCAAUCCAGCUUGGACUAUGAGGAGUGUGCUCACAAACUAAUUAAGAUGGACUUUCCUGAAUCCCAAACUAAGGAGCUGUGUAACAUGAUCCUGGAUUGCUGCGCUCAGCAGAGGACCUAUGAGAAGUUCUUUGGUCUCCUGGCAGGGAGGUUCUGUUUGUUGAAGAAGGAGUACAUGGAGAGUUUUGAGGCAAUCUUUUCAGAGCAGUAUGACACAAUUCACCGACUGGAGACCAACAAGCUCAGGAACGUGGCACGACUGUUCGCUCAUCUGCUCUAUACAGACUCUGUACCAUGGAGUGUGCUGGAGUGCAUCAAGAUGAGUGAGGAGACCACAACAUCGUCCAGCAGGAUUUUUGUGAAAAUCCUUUUUCAGGAGCUUUGUGCCUACAUGGGUCUGCCUAAACUCAACCAGCGGCUGAAAGACCCAACUCUGCAGUCGUUCUUUGAAGGUCUUUUUCCUCGUGAUAAUCCAAGAAACACUCGCUUUGCCAUCAAUUUCUUCACCUCAAUUGGACUUGGAGGCCUGACAGAUGAGUUGAGGGAGCACUUGAAGAACGCACCAAAAAUGAUCAUGACUCAGAAUCAGGAAGUCGACUCGUCUGACUCCUCCUCCUCCUCCUCCUCCUCAUCGUCGUCCUCUUCUUCAUCAGACUCCUCCUCCACAGAAUCCUCCAGCGAAUCAGAUGAUGACUCACUGGGCUCAUUGUCCAGCAGCAGCAGCUCAGGUACGUCCAACAAACUACACCGCAUAUUUUUCUUUCUGCUACAUAAACUAGUCCAGGGUUUCCCCUAGGAUUUAGUUUUUACUGUUGUGCUGGUGG